AUGGGACUCCCCAUAACGGCCUACACCGGCCAAACCCUGACGCCUGGGCCAAUGGGACUCCCCCAUAACGGCCUACACCGGCCAAACCCAGACGCCUGGGCCAAUGGGACUCCCCAUAAAGGCCUACACCGGCCAAACCCAGACGCCUGGGCCAAUGGGACUCCCCAUAACGGCCUACACCGGCCAAACCCAGAUGACUGGGCCAAUGGGACUCCCCAUAACGGCCUACACCGGCCAAACCCAGACGCCUGGGCCAAUGGGACUCCCCAUAACGGCCUACACCGGCCAAACACAGACGCCUGGGCCAAUGGGACUCCCCAUAAUGGCCUACACCGGCCAAACCCAGACGCCUGGGCCAAUGGGACUCCCCAUAACGGCCUACACCGGCCAAACCCAGACGAAUGGGCCAAUGGGACUCCCCAUAACGGCCUACACCGGCCAAACCCAGACGCCUGGGCCAAUGGGUCUCCCCAUAACGGCCUACACCGGCCAAACCCAGACGCCUGGGCCAAUGGGACUCCCCAUAACGGCCUACACCGGCCAAACCCAGACGACUGGGCCAAUGGGACUCCCCAUAACGGCCUACACCGGCCAAACCCAGACGACUGGGCCAAUGGGACUCCCCAUAACGGCCUACGCCGGCCAAACCCAGACGACUGGGCCAAUGGGACUCCCCAUAACGGCCUACGCCGGCCAAACCCAGACGACUGGGCCAAGGGGACUCCCCAUAACGGCCUACGCCGGCCAAACCCAGACGACUGGGCCAAUUGGACUCCCCAUAACGGCCUACGCCGGCCAAACCCAGACGACUGGGCCAAUGGGACUCCCCAUAACGGCCUACACCGGCCAAACCCAGACGCCUGGGCCAAUGGGACUCCCCAUAACGGCCUACACCGGCCAAACACAGACGCCUGGGCCAAUGGGACUCCCCAUAAUGGCCUACACCGGCCAAACCCAGACGCCUGGGCCAAUGGGACUCCCCAUAACGGCCUACACCGGCCAAACCCAGACGAAUGGGCCAAUGGGACUCCCCAUAACGGCCUACACCGGCCAAACCCAGACGCCUGGGCCAAUGGGUCUCCCCAUAACGGCCUACACCGGCCAAACCCAGACGCCUGGGCCAAUGGGACUCCCCAUAACGGCCUACACCGGCCAAACCCAGACGACUGGGCCAAUGGGACUCCCCAUAACGGCCUACACCGGCCAAACCCAGACGACUGGGCCAAUGGGACUCCCCAUAACGGCCUACGCCGGCCAAACCCAGACGACUGGGCCAAUGGGACUCCCCAUAACGGCCUACGCCGGCCAAACCCAGACGACUGGGCCAAGGGGACUCCCCAUAACGGCCUACGCCGGCCAAACCCAGACGCCUGGGCCAAUGGGACUCCCCAUAACGGCCGGUUGUGA